AUGGAUAUCGAUCUGGAAGAAGAUUAUGUCUCCUGGCCUACUGUUUACAAGUCAAAGAAUGAGCCUGUCGCCCAGCAAAAUGUCACCUAUCGUGACGUAGGAGUUCAAAGCCUCCCUGACAGCAACGCUGACGCAUUCCAAACAAUCUAUAAUCGCGAGCCCAAGCAAGAUGAGCUAGUCAGCAAAGUCCUCACUGAAGCCAUUGACCGCUACACAUCUGGCGUCGGAUCCGGCCCCUACGAAAUUAUUGUUGGCGAGCCAUUUCCCGCUCCGAUGUCUGUAGAAACUGGAGAAACGUAUGAGGACGCUUCAUUCCAGGCCCUCAGAGAUACUGAUUGCAAGAUCUCCAUUGUGCGAGCAAAGGCGAAAGCGUCGAUCUUAGUCGCCCAACAGCGCCCUGUCGCCCAAGCGGUGGGUUACAAGAUCUGGUGCGAGAAGAGAGACGACUUGAUCAUACAUACGGCGCAGUGUCCUAUUCGCAUUCGGAUCAAUGAAGACGGAUACGUUACUGAUACUGAUGCCCAUGCGGUCAUGCUUCCAAAUAUCUGUGGUGAAGAGAUCGAUUCGACUGCUGCAUCGUUGGAGAUUGAAAGUGCACAGGUGUGGAGCAGGACACUGCCUUAUAGCCGCUUCCACGCAGAGGCUUCUACUUAUCUGAACCGUAUCCCAUUCUUGGCGCCUGGCAGCCCCAUGGAGAUCUGCCAACCAUGGGUACCCGAGCAGUUCGUGGCGACGGCUGACACCAACGAAUCCAAAAUGUCACCAGUCAGCAAACGCGACCGCUGGGAUAAAUUUCCAACACCUACGCUUCCUCCGCCAAAGCCCCGCGUAGCUCCAGAGCGCAUCGCUGCUGCCCGCCGUCUAGCCAGCAGACAGCACAUGCAUCAAGAUCUAACCGGAGCCCAGCACACCACCGACGCCAUGGACAUUGAUCCCACUUACGGAGCAUCAGACUACACUUACAACCGUUCUAGGCCCACCUCACCUCCUCCUCAGAACCUCUCGCCGGGUCGAACCUCCGCACCUCACUCACCCGCCCCUAGACAAACUAGAGACAAUCUAACUAAAGCACCAGCUAAUCCUGAUACCAGCUUCGCAGACUACGUCACCAGCAUCCGCCGCAACAAACUCGACCAACUCGACCAGCCCGCCUACGAAGUCAGCGCGCCGCUCAACUACGAUGAGGAGGGUUCGGCGGCGUGGUGGGAGGCACAGGAUGUAGAUGUGUAUGCUACGUCCCGUGCGGUGGAAGAUGCGCGGCGUGAGGCGGUUGCUGAGGAACGCGACGCGUUUUACGGUGUUAAUUGCGAGGAAGGCGGGAUGGAGGAAUAG